AGCUGCAUUUAGAUGAGCCAUUGUUUGAGUUGUUGCCGGAUAUUUCGGUCGUACGUCAACAAAAAAAUCAUUUAAUCCUACCAGGACUACACCAGAAUAUGGAACGUUGGCAGAAUCGUGUUGCUGUCGUCACCGGCGCCAGUUCGGGUAUUGGUGCUGCUUGUGUCAAAUAUCUCGCGAAUAAUGGUAUGAUCGUUGUUGGUCUGGCGCGUCGUAAGGAGCGCAUCGAAGCACUGCGUGAGCAAGUGGAACUAACAGCACGCGAUCGCCUCCAUGCCAUGCAAUGUGAUCUACGCGAUCAGCAACAGAUCAUAGACGCAUUUAAAAUGAUCGUUUCGAAAUAUGGACCCAUUACGGUGCUCGUGAAUAAUGCUGGGGUUGUGCGUGCCACAAAUUUGGUGGAUGAUAAUAAUCAGCAGGAUAUACAGGAUGUGAUCGAUACAAAUAUAGUGGGUGUGGUGAAUUGUACAAGAGAAGCUUUUCGUUCGAUGAAAGCGCAUGGUGGUGUUGGACAUGUCUUUCUAAUUAAUAGCAUCUCCGGACAUUAUGUGCCGAAUAUACCGAAUACUUCGACCAAUAUUUAUCCAUGCACAAAGCAUGCUGUCACCGCAAUGGCGGAGGUUUAUCGACGUGAAUUUCUAUUUUUGGAUACAAAAAUCAAAGUGACGAGCAUUAGUCCCGGUGCAGUUGACACUGAAAUCAUAUCACCAAAAAUGAGGGAAGCAUUGGCCAAGGCGCCAUUUUUACAACCCGAAGAUAUAGCCGAUGCGCUAAUUUAUUGUCUGCAGACGCCGCCACAUGUGCAGAUACACGAGCUCACCAUAAAGCCACUUGGAGAAUUGCUUUAAGGGGUAUAUAGCUAUAUGCUAAGUGUAUUACUUUUAAUCAGAAAGCAAUUCAUUGCAAAGAAGCUUUGAUUAUAAACAAAUACACAAACUUAAAAAUUACAUUAAAAAGUAUUAAUAAUUGUCUCCAUGAACUUCUUAUCACAGCUUAUGUGUUUAAAAAAAUUGCAAAUAAUCUUUUAUAAGUAUAUGUGAGUGUAAA